AUGUGGAAAAUAAUCAUCAUUUGUCUAUGCUUUGUUGCAGUACAUUCAAAUUCAGGUAUUUAUGAUUAUUUUAUUAUGUACCCUUAACGUUGGGGUACUGUAUGUGCCUUUAAAUGUAGCAACAUCGUAUGUUCCUUCUACUGUAGCAUAAAGGAUCAUACAGUACCACGAAACUAAAGUACGUAACGAUAAUUGAGAAUGAAAAAAAUAUGGAUUUUCUGAAAUUUGUGAAAAUAGAUCAUCGGUUCAGAAAACUUCAUGAAUCGAGAUGUAACUUUUGGUUUCAGAUGGCGAGGUUAUGAAUAUUUUAUCUGCUUCCGACACUUCAUUGGACCCAGAAAUCACUGAAUUCAGGAAAUCAUGCAUAUCAAAAAGAGAAUUCAUAGAACUAAACGGAAAUAUAACAGGCUAUAUACUCACGCUUUCCUUUUCUGGUAAUCUAGUGAAUUCCGCUGUACAUUUAAUGGCUUUUAGUGAAAUGCGCGCUGCUCUCGGAUUACCUCCUCCAGGACCAUGGAAACACUAUAAAAAGCGGAGUAAAGAAGAAUUUGCAUCUGCAACUCCAGAAGAAUAUUUUGAAUUUAAAGAGGAGAGAAAACGGCUGAGUUUGGAUAGCGACGAUUUUUUUGAGAAGAAUCUUACACCAGUUAUCACAUUUUUGGAUGAACGAUUUCCAGCAAUUCGAAAGAUGUUCAAAGAUAGAUUUAAUAAUAUUCAUCGAGCAAAUCCGAUUGAUCGAAAAACUGUUGAUGCGAUUACGAACGAAUAUUUUCAAAAUAUUCGUUCCGAAAUGGAUCUUUUUCAACCUAUAUUAUUUCGUGGCAUGUUCUGUUUAAUCAGCGUCCAAGUGCCAAAAAAGCUAAGAAGCGAUAACGCUCAGUAA